GAAAUUACAACCGAUUUUUUUUGUUUGGUUAUAUUAUCUCAGUCGAAUAUUAUAUUUUGUCUGCUCGAAAUGAGCGCUACAAUUAUUAAACAUGAACCAUGUGAUGUUUUUGAAUUACCAAACAAUGUAGAAUGUGGUUUAAGUUUUGCCAAAGUCAAAUGUGAAGGCUACAACAGUAAUUUAAAAGUUCAACAAACAACAAUCUCAGGACGCGAUGCAAAUAAUGAACUGAAAGCUGAGUCUAGUUAUACUGAUAUUGAAAAUCUAGACGUAAUUGUACCAAAACUUGAAGAAGUUGAAGAUCACUGCUUAGACUUGUCCGUAGGUGUUAGUGAAAUUAUUAGUAUCAAGAAAGAAAAGAAUAACUAUACAUUUUUAAAUAAACAAUGUAAUGAUGCUAAAUUUAAAAAGAGGAAAGUUAGAAAACAAUUCCAUUGUCCUGUUUGUAAUAAAGAUAUCCCAUCUGCGAUCAAAAGGAAUGAACAUGUAAAUUCACAUUUUGGCAAGAAUGUUCUUGCUUGCCAAUUUUGUGGAGAAUGUUUCGCAAACAAAGAGGAUUUUUUACUGCAUUGGAUCCAAUAUAAAACAAAAAAUAGUAUAAUACCAGUUAAAAAUCGGCAAACUCUAAUAAGAAAACCAUUUCAAUGUGAAAUAUGUUUGAAACAAUAUGUCCAUAAACAAUCACUCAGUAGACAUGAAGUUAUACAUAAAUUAGAACUUCCACAUCAAUGUACAGAAUGUUUUAAAGGUUUUCCAACUAAAGGUCAGCUUGAAAUACAUACGGUCGUACAUAAAGGAGAGAAACUGUACAUUUGUGAAAUUUGUUUGAGAGGAUUCAGUUUCAAACAUCAUCUGAAAUGUCACAUGCUUUCCCAUACAGGUGAAAAACCUCACAAAUGCGAAAUUUGUUUCAAGCAAUUUUCCAUUAAAUCCACUCUGAAGAGACACAUGCUUUGCCACACAAGAGAGAAACCUUACAAAUGCUUAAUAUGUUCAAACGAAUUCGCACAAAAAGCACAUUUAAAUAGCCACAUGAGAUGUCAUACUGGAGAAAAACCCUAUAAAUGUGAAAUUUGCUUCAAAUCAUUCAGAUUUGCACAAACAUUAAAAGGUCAUAUGCGUACUCAUACCGGCGAAAAACCCUACGAAUGUAGCGUUUGCUUGAAGAAAUUUGCAUUAAAUAGAGAUCUACAACGACAUUUGUUGUGCCACACAGGAGAAAAACCCUAUAAAUGUGACGAUUGUCCUGCGAAAUUCGCACAAAGAGUCAAUUUGAAACACCACAAACUAUCCCAUACCGGGGAAAAACGAUUCAUAUGCACUAUUUGUUCCAGACGGUUUGCUACAAAAAGAAGUUUAGAUAAUCACGCUCGCGGUCAUACCGGAGAAAGACCGUUCAAAUGCGAAAUCUGUUUGGAAAAUUUUAAAACUAAAGCGACUUUAGAUCGUCACAUUCGUUCGCAUAUGCAAGAUAAACCGCACAAGUGCGAAUUUUGUUUAAAACGAUUUGUGCAAAUUAAACAUUUACAAAAUCAUAUGUCAUGUCACAAUAAAAAUAAACCGUUCGAGUGCGGUACUUGUACAAAACGAUUCAAACAAAAAGGGCAGUUAGAAGAUCACCUAAGGUCUCAUAUAGGUGUAAAACCGUUUUCUUGUUUUACUUGCUUGAGACAGUAUACUUGGAAGAAGAAUUUGAGGUAUCAUUUACGUACCAAUCCAGGGCAUUGAAAUAUUUUUUCCUACAUAUACAGGGUUUAUCAAAAUAUUAUUCAAUUUUAUUUGAUAUUCAUAUGCUCGCAAUAAAAUGAUUUCGAAAUUACCGCAUUGGCAACGACGAUUUUUUUAUUAUUUGUUGUCUCCCUAUGGAAGCCAGUCUUCUUUAAUUACGAGAGUUGUAUGAAAAGUUUCUAUCUUUUACUUGGAGAUGAAUGGAUGGUAGCUAAAUUUGUGGCGGUAUACGCGCAUUCAAGAUGAUCAAAAAUUAGCGAUACCAUCGAAAAAGUUCACCAAAUGGUGCUGGAUAAUCGUUGUAUUAAGUUUAGAGGGAUAAAAGAGGCUAUUGGUAUAUAUACUGGAGAAUUAUGUUUACGCAAGCAAUCAGUCGAGUUUUUUUCGUCGAUUCAAGACUGUAUAUGAAAUAUGGAUCCACCACUAUACUUUUGAAACGAAAAAACAAUCAAAACACACGAUUGCAAAGAUUGAACCUUCUCAGAAAAAGGCUAAAACGUUUCCAUUGGCCGGAAAAGAGGCGACUGAUUUUUGGAAUAGUCAUUGUUUGAUUGAGCAUUCACUGUAUUCGCUCGAUUUGAUUCACAGAUAUUUUCGCAAGUCGCUAUCUUCUACGUGAACGUCUAUUUUGAGUAGAAGAGAAGCGAAAGAUUGCUUUACUAAGUGUAUAGACUUUUAUUUUGAAAAAAAUUGGUUCUGAAACUUUUUAUAAAACUCUCGUAAUAUAGGUUUCUCGAUAUGUGUUGAUAUACUAGAUUGUGUUGUUGAUAUUGAAUUCGUUUUGGUGCAGGUAUCGCUAUACAAGUGUUGAAGGAAAAACAAAUUACUGGAUCGAAAUUUUUCUUUUUUCGGGAGUGUUUUCGAUUAUUUUAAUUCGGGAGUUACUUCUACCAAACAAACCGCUACAGAUAUUAUAAAAUAGUAUUUUUAGAAAAUAUUAUAAAUUUGCCAUUUUGUUAAUAUCGUAAAUAGUCACAGCAGUGUUGCCACGUCUCAAAGUAACUAUGAAAUGAAAAGUUUGUUUAAAAUUUGAUACAUCGCGUAUAGUAUGAGAAAAAAUGGUUUUUUUCUUAUAUUCAUAUCAUUGUAAAUAGAUCGAAAUACAAUUUUAGAUUAAAAAAACGUUCUUAACCUAAUUUAUACCCUUAUUUAUGUUGUUUUCAUCGUAAUUAAUUCCAGAUAAUAAUUCAACUCAUUUCAAUAUUUUAUUAUGUUUUUUUUCAAUCCAUAUCACCAAAUAACGUAUCUAAUUAACGAAAUACGAAUUUUAUUUAUCUUUUUUAUCAUUAAUAUUCGUUACAGUCAUUCUCUUGAUAAAAUAUUUCAAUAAAUUAUUUAUUAAUAAAAUAAACGUUGAAAUUAUAAUAAAUAUAAGUAAAAAUACAUCUAAUUGAUACAAUUGGUACCAUUUGAGAUCCAUAGCGGGCGAUCUUAAAUGGAAAGCGCCUCUAUGACGAACGACGUAUUCGCACCAAAAGACUGCCUCAUCCAAUGCUUUCGUAGGCUGGUCUCGCAUUAUAGCCGAACGUUGUUUAGCUACGUCUCUAUAUCUAAAAAUAUGUUUCAUAAUAAUAGAAAUCUCUAUACUUUUUAAUAUUCUUUGUUCGAUUUUAAACCAUUUUUGUUUACGACAAAAAAAGAAGAAGAAUAUGUAAUCAAAUCAAAUAAGUAAUCAGUUAUAACAUGGAUGAAUUACUUUGGAUUAUUUAAUAUUUCAUUCAAGGCCCAUUCGAAAGCUUCUUCUUCUAAAUCGUUAUAAUUUAUUUUUAACGCGUAUCCUAUUUCAGCAGCCAAUGCAAUAUUUCUUCCUUGAUCGUAAAACACGGGUAUUCCCAAAAUCGGAACUCCGUAAUAAAGACUUUCGGUGAUUCCCAAUAAACCACCGUGUGAUAUAAACGCAACAACGUUAGGAUGAUCUGAAACGUAAAAAAAUAAUACCAUGGAGUGAGAUAUAUACAUAUUUAUAGUUACUCACUUAGAACAUCAGAUUGUGGAAUCCACUUGAAUAUUUGCACAUUAUCGGGUAUAUCUCGGAGAUCCUCUUCGAAUUUCCAUAAAACUUUUUGUCGUAUUUUCGAAAACGCGUUCAAUACGAUAUUUUUUUUAUCCAAUGCGAAAUUUGAACUUUUUAUCAUUGAUCCCAUGGAAAAUAUUAUGGCGCCUUCAGUGGCGUUAUCCAAAAAGUCUUUUAUGGGCUUAGGUAACGGUUGUGGUUGCGGUAUGGUGUAACCACCGAUUUCUUUGACAUUUUGUUGUAAAGGUACCGGUCCAAAUACACCAAGAUGAGAAGCUACUAAUAAUAAACUGGUAUUAUAUAAGAUUUUUUUCAAAUCCGGAGCAUCGGGGACCAGUUGUUUCAAGUAUCCGGUUUGUUCUGGUAUUUGUACAAAAUUCAUAUAAAAUUCUCCCAAAAUUUCCGCAUACAAGUUCUCCAUUCUUUCCCAUAGGCUCAUUUUGGAAUUUGUAUCGAAUUGAAAUAAAUUGGUGAUGUAAGAACUCGGCGCUGGAUUCGAAAAUAUGUAAUUAGAAAGAAACGAGACCGGACCCGCUGAAAUCAUUAUCAAAGGAGCGCCGAAUUUAUAAGCGAAAAACGUCAUGAAUUCGAAGUAGAAAUUUUCACUUAUCACCAGAUCAAAAGUCUCGUUAGAUUUGACUAGUUUGUGAAUAUUCUCGUUUUUUAAUAAACCCGUUGCCAACAGAUUUUCAAAAUAACUCGCUUCUUUAUACCAUCGGUAGAAUGAAAAUUUUUGUUGUUGGAUUAUCGAUGACAUAUCAUAGAAUUCUACAACGAAAAAUAAUUUAAUUUCAAAUUACAAACUACUCAAAUUACUAGAAAUGAUUUUCUGUUACGACGUUUUUGAUUUUGGGAAAAAAGAUUGUUGUCUUAUUUGGAUCCCAAAUUUGUAUAGUUUAGGACUUUGGGGUUACUUUAGAGUGAUCUCGGGAAGCUGAAUAGAUAGAGGAAAUUUAUAAGGUAGUUGGGGGGGGGGGUUAGUUUAACUUUAUCAAUUUAAAUUUCAUAAUAAGCCUUCAAAUACGAUAAUUCAGUCAAUUUAUACGAUAAUUAUUUUCGCUAUUAAUUCAUGGCACUUACAUUAUUUUAUAAAAUGGAAAUAUUGUUUUCUGGAAGCUACUUCGAAGUAUUAUAAGUUAGUAGAUAAAUAAUUAAUGGUAUUAUUAAAAUAAACGUGAUAUGAAAAAA